AUGGAUAUGAUAGGGAUUGCAAGGAGCAAGCUCCUAAGGGAUCUUGAAAACCAAAAAGGUAACUCUGAGUUGUUACUGCCAGACCUUUUCCUUGGAGAUAAUGCUUGUGAUGCUAUUGCAAAAUUCAUUAUAGAAAAUCCAAAGAUCAAGAAGUUGGAGUUAAAAGGAAAUAAUAUAGGAUCUGAAGGAAUAAAGCACAUUUCAGCUGUAUUCCAGCUACCAAAUGAAAUUGAAAGUGCUAACUUUCAAUGGAAUAAUUUAGGCUCAGAUGAUUCCUUGAAACAUUUAUGCAGUGCACUAUCAUCAAAUAAUUCAUUGAAAUUUUUGGAUUUGAGAAACAAUAAAAUUACCUGUGAAGGUGCAUCUGAAAUAGCUGAUAUGAUAAGAAAUAAUAGCACACUUAUAGGAAUUGAUUUAAGGUGAAAUGACAUUGAUAGGCAAGGAGGAGAAGAACUUCUUUCAUCAAUAGAUGCACAAAGUACUAUCCAAUGCAUAGAGCUGUCAGGAAAUCAUAUCCCAUUAGAUAUUCUCGGAGAAAUAGAUGCAAAACUACGUGCUCGGCGUAGUGAAGGAGUUUCCAUCAUAAAAACACCUGAAAUACGCUCAAUAAGAACAUCGAGAACUCACAGCCCAUGCCCAGAAAGCAGAAGAUCUGAAAAAAUCCCAAGAAUAGACAGUCUAAUUGAAAUAGAAAAAAGAAAAGCAAACGAAACAAAAAUUUUGAUUGAAAAAGAAUUAGAAGAACAGAAAGCUAUGAGAGAAUUCGCAGAGAAGAAAAUGAAUGAUCUGCGAGAUGAAAUCGCUGAAAGAGAAAAUAAAGACCGUAGAAGAAUUGAGGAGCUAGAAUUUAAGCUCCAAGCUGCAAAUGAUGAAAAAAAUAUACUGAAAUCUGAGCUUCUUAAAAGUAGAGAACUGCAUGAUCAGCUUGUAUCUUCAUAUGAAGACAAAAUCGCAAAAUAUGAAGAAAGGAUAAGCCAAGCUAAAAAUAGCAAGCAAGAGAUUGAUAACGAAGAAUUCAGAGAAAUCGAGACACUUAAGCAGGCUCAUAAAAUAGAGUUAGAAGAAAAUGCAACAGCUUAUGAGCAAAACUUAAAUUCGCUUCAAGAAUCUUAUACAAAGGCUAAAAGAGAAUAUGAAAAUGCUCAUAAGGAACUUAAACAACUUAAAACAGAUAUGCUUGAUAUGAGGAUUUCACAUGAAACUUCACUUAAAGAAUGUGAAAUACAAAUUCGUGAGGAGAUAACGCAGCAAUACUCAUUGGAUAAAAAAUAUCUUGAAGAGAGGGUUAAUGUUCUCCAAGAAAGAAAUGAUCAGCUGAUGAAGCGAGAAGAAGAACUCCAAAAUGAUAUUUCAGAAAUGAGAAGUGAAUUUUUGCAGAAAGAAUCAAAUUUAAAGCAGCAGCUUACAGUUAAAGAUAAGCAAAGCUCGGACUUGCAGUACCAACUUAAAUCUCAAAGAGAAAAAAUUGAUGUUUUGAACUCUGAAAUUUUAAUAUUGAAGGCAAAAUUAGGGCAGAGCUAA